AUGCCUCUGGUCAAUCGUCCUGUCAUACUCCCUUCCAUGAGAGAGAAAACCUACGCACUCGCAGCGCGAGCUGUUAAUUCGUCCGAAGCCGCUGCAUUGGGAGGCAAAAAGGCGUUGACGCCUAUUAUCGCUGGGAGCGUAUGCGGUGGGGUCAUGAUCUUAGCCUGGAUGAUUGGCUUCGCGAUAUAUUUCAGGAAGCGUUACAGAAGAAAGCUUCGGAAUCGACUGAUUGCGGAGGGCAAGGCCGCCCCGCGAGAGAAGGACUUAAAGAUGUUGCAGGAUAAGGUCGUGAUUCCCCCAGACCCCGCGGUCCUUCUAGGCCAUCGGAAACCUGGAGAAAUGGUGUACCCGGAAAGGGAGCACUCGCAAGAGGGUCGCCAUCGUCUUCCUAGGUCUCACCAGGCAUCCCAUCUCAACACUCCCAAUGGCAAAGCUGGCACUUCUAAUCGUCUUCCAACUCCAUCCGGAGGACAUAAUCGCGAUUCAUCGAGCGACUCGGAUGUCGAUGUUGAGGAAGAAAUGGCAGCACCGCCAAAAGUUUGA